CACCAUCAUACACUGAUUUAUCACCCCCCCCUUUUCAUUUCUUUUAUUAUCCACCAGACCUUUUAGUAAAUGUAACAAAGAUUUGAGCUGCUCGACAUUAUGUUUAUUGACUUUUUAUAUAAAAACAGAAAUGGAGAAUGUCGUGGAGUGGGCAGCCGAUGUGAUGGACCGUAACACAGAAGUGGAGAAGAAAGUUCAGAUGGAUGAGAGAGUGAGGAGGAUUUCCUCGGACAUGUGCUGUGAGAUCAUGGACCUGAACGACGAAGAAAAUAUCAUAAAGCUGUGCAAGAGGAAGACGACCCACUCACCUGAGCUGUCUGUGGAAAUCCCGGUGUUAGACCACGUGGACACGACAGAAUUCAUGAAUGCAGCCACUCAAGGCAAACUGAAUGUGGUGGACAAGUAUCUGGCAGAUGGCGGGAACCCGAACGUCCACGACGAGCUGAAGAGGACAGCUCUACACCGUGCCGCUCUGGAAGGACACACCACAGUUGUCCAAAGUCUUUUAGAAAAAGGAGCUGAUAUCAACUUUAAAGAUCAAUUGGAAUCCAGUGCCAUACACUGGGCCUGCAGAGGAGGAAGCCUGGACGUGGUCAAAGUCCUGGAGAAUCAUGGGGCAGACCUGAAUGUUAGAGAUAAGCUGUGCAGCACUCCUCUGCAUGUGGCCACAAGAACAGGCCACAGCACCAUUGUGGAAUACCUGCUGUCCUGUGGUGCCAAAAUCAACUCCAGGGACAGGGAAGGGGACACGCCGCUGCACGACGCCGUGCGUCUCAACAGAUACAAGAUAGCCAAACUGCUCACAUUUGCGGGAGCGGACACAAAAAUUACAAACCAUGAUGGAAUGACGGCAGUGCAGCAGGUAAAAGAAUGGCAGAAUGACAUCAUGGAGACACUGCAGAGGCUGGACAAGACGAAGGACGAGGGACAGGCGCCGACUGAGACACCUCAAGAGAGGAGUGAAUAGUGCAAUGUAAAAUAUAUGUACUUCUGUUCUUUAUAAUGUCACUCGUUGUGACUCUCUGUCUCAGGUUCACAAUACAUUCUGUCACAGUCGGCCUGUGUGCGUCGCAUUUGUGUGAAUGCAUUUACUUGGAAUGAGCAUGAAGACACACGGUGUUUGCUCACUGAUAGUUACUGCCGUUCAACGAGAUUAGUCUGGACUCUGAGUUUGGAUCACUGCCAUGUUUCAUAUCCGAUUUA